AUGGUCCGGGACGCCAUCAUCACGUCAAAGGUCGUGCAAUACAGGAUGCCCGAGGUCAUGGCCGAGUACGAGUCUGGUGGCGGCCCCCCCGAACGCGGCGCCUGCUGCUCCUGCCGCCCCGAAUCCCUGGCGCGCUGGGUCAACGCCGCGCGCUUCGCCUGCGUGGCCUCGCUGGGCCUGGUGGCCGCGGCCAGCCCCUGGGCCCUGGCCACGGCGGAGGCGGUGACCAUGACGCUGCUGUACGCGCUGACGCUGCCGCGCAAGGCGCGCGACGCGCCCUACGCCUUUGCCGCCUCGGCCGAGGACGUGCUGGCGCUGUCCCUGCUCCGCGCCGGCCUGGUCCUGGUGUGCCACUUCUGCGGCACCGGCGGCCUGCACCAGCGCCCCUACCUCUACGCGGCCACCGCCCUGGGCUGCAUCAGCCUGCCCCUGGCCAUGUUCAAGACCGCGGCGCUGGAGCAGGGACCCCUGGCCCCCGCCAAGCACCCCGCUUUCUUCCUCUUCUUCCUGCUCCACGCCGGCUUCGCGCUGGCGCACAUGGUUGCCGCGCGCCAGGUCAGCAUCUGGGCGCGGCGGCGGCACCGCCUCGGACUCACGGGCCUAGGCUACCCCUGGGAGGAGGGGGAGGAGACCUGGCUGCUGGCGGGGGAGCUGUCGGCGCGCGCCGAGCUGGACGCCCUCCAGCUCAGCGCCGAGGACGGGGGCGCGUUGCUCCAGGCCAGCGACUCCCUCUUCAUGACCGACUGCCUGGGGGUGACGGGGCAGCCUCGGGCCACGUCCACGGUGAUACUCCUCCUGCACGGCUUCGGCGGGGGCGUGUUUGCCUGGCGCCACGUGAUGCGCCCGCUGGCCGACGCCAGCGGGCUCAGCGUGCUCGCCUUCGACCGGCCCGGGUUCGGGCUGACUUCGCGCCCCCCACGCCCGCCAGACGCGCCAGGCGGCAACCGGCACAACCCCUACGCCCAGCGCUUCCAGGCGCGCAUGACCCUCGAGCUCUGUCGCCGCCUGCACAUCGCUAGCCUCGUGCUCAUGGGGUAUGGCGACGGCGCGCUGCUGGCCCUGCGCGUGGCAUCUUCCUGCACCGCACACCGCGCGCUGCUGGCCAGCUUGCUGCGUGGCGAGUUUGUCCCCAGUGCGCACUGGCCCCUGGGCACGGGGGCCAGCGUGCGCGCCGCGCGGGGCGUCGUCGAAAGGGAUGCGCCCGUGAAGACAGCGCCGGGGUCGCGGGGGUCGCCCGCCUCCGACGCAGGGGCGGCCGUGCCCAGUCCCACGGACCCCCCCAAGCCCGCGGCUAUGCCCAGGGCGGCGGAGCCGUCCCCCUUCUUGCAGGCCGCGCUGGAAGCCAAGCCGGCCAUGCAGGGGUCCACGGGUGUUGCGAAUGCAGCACCAUCGUCAGAGCCGGCGCCGGCGCCGGAGCUGGAGCGGGCGCCCAGCAUCCUGCCGCCAGGGCCGCCGCUGGUGCGGGGCGUGGCGCUGCUGCACCCCGAUAUCUCCGGCGUCCCCGCGCCCCUCUACGCCCGCGUGCUCGCGCAGAGCAGGCUGGGACGCCGAGCGCUGGCGGGCCUGCUGCGGACCGAGGUGGGCCCCGUGGCCAACCGCCGCGCCUGGGCCGACCCCGCCGCCCUCACGCCCGAGGUGCUGGCGCUGUACGGCGCGCCGCGCCGCCUGCGCGCCUGGGACGAGGCGCUGGCGGCCACCUGCCGCGUGCCCGUGGACGUGCACACCGCGGACCGCAACCGGCUCUGCGCGCGCGUGCGCGCGCCCGUGUGCCUGCUGACGGGCGAGGCCGACGCGUUUGUCACCCCGGCGGCGCUGGCCGAGCUGGCACGGCGCUUCCCGGCUGACGCGCCGCGCGUGGUGCUGCCGCGCUGCGGGCACGUGUCGCACGAGGAGGCGCCGCGCGGCCUGGUCCAGGCCAUGACCGCCUUCCUGCAGCGCCUGUGA